AUGAAAGUCGACGACACCUUUUUGAGGAUGAAGACGCUCGCCAAGAUGACGCGCGCGGCGCUCAAGCUCUGGCAGAUCGUGGCGCGCUACACCACGAAGCCGCUCUUGUGCCAAGGCGUGGAAGGAGACAUGGCGAUGGCAAAGAACUCGCGGCGAGUCUUUGCUGACGCCGAUAUAUGUAGUCUUUCUGCCUUUGAGCGCGGGGUCGAGCCGAGACAGCAACACAUCGCGUUCGAAGACAAGUGCAAGCUGAUCACACCGGAGAAGGCUGCUCUGUACGCAGCCCCGCCCUCUCGGGUGCAAGUGGUGGCACUCGCCAAUUGGGAGUCGGCGCCCUCCUUCGUCCUGGACGACCACUUGGGCAAGGCGUUCCCGAGGGUGAGCUCGGACCGGCUGCUCAAUAAGUGCAAUCCGUUCCUGUCCGGCAAGCGGCGAGCGCUGAGCGACGACAUUGGGUCGGAGGCGCCCACGGUCUCGACCGACUGCUCCGCGGCCCCGGAGAACGACUCCGAGGGCCUGGAGCUGAGCGUUGUCAAGGAGGAGUUGGACGUCAUUGACGAUUUGGAAGAUAUCGUGCCGGCAACACCCAGUGACGAGGAGUCCUCGGAGGACAGCGCUACAAAGGAAGAAGUCUCAACUGAGUGCAAGUCCAGCGUGGUGGCUUCGGUCGACGAGCCAAAGAAGUUCCGCUGGGUGCGCGUGGGCAGCGGCCGCUACAUCAAGCGCGGAACAGAGUCUACAGUGCCAGUGUCUCCAAAGGUGUCCUCAAAACCUAAGUCAGCGAGCGUGCCGACCACGCGGUGGGUGCAGGUCGGGCACGGCCGCUACAAAAGGAUCGUUGCGUCGGGCUGA